AUGUGGAAUGAGCGGGUCGUGCACGAACUGAUACUGCAGAGACAUGUAAACUCUAGAAGUGAUUUGAAUAAUAAGUCGAAGAAUAUCAAGAUAUCACCACAGGCAAAGGCGGUUGACUGCACUGAAGAACGUAAAGUUCUUGAGAAAUGUGCGCAAGGAGGAUUGAAGAGAGUACGAAUUUAA